UACACCUGUCAUUACGGUCUCACGGCUGAGCGGACCCGUCCACACCGGCGUACUGGGCGAAAGUCAAGAUGGCGGCUCACGGUCAGGCCGAGUACGAGUCGGUGCUGUGCAUCAAACCUGAAGUCAACGUUUACCGCAUCCCGCCGAGGGCGUCGAACCGGGCGGUCAGGGCUGCCGAUUGGAAGCUGGACGCUCCUGACUGGACCGGACGCAUGCGUGUCACGGCCCGGGGGAAAGUAGCCUAUGUGAAAUUGGAGGACAAAAUCUCUGGGGAGCUCUUUGCCCAGGCACCCGUGGAUGAGUACCCUGGCAUCAUAGUGGAGACAGUCAGUGACUCAAGCCGAUACUUUGUGCUCCGUAUUCAGGAUGACAACGGUCGUACAGCAUUCAUUGGCAUUGGGUUUGGGGACCGAGGGGAUGCCUUUGACUUCAAUGUUGCACUUCAAGACCACUUUAAGUGGGUCAAACAAGAAAAUGAAUUUUCCAAGCAAGCUCAGCUUCCAGACACCACUCCUAAACUGGACCUGGGCUUUAAAGAAGGACAAACCAUUACUAUAAAUAUUGGGCAAUCAAAAAGAAAGGAUAGGUCUCGUCCGCAAGGUUCAGGAGGUCUUGGGCUCCUUCCUCCUCCCCCUGGGGGCAAGCUAGCUCCACCCCCCUCAAGAUCUACCAAUCAUAACACACAGCCUUCGGCAGGAGGAAGUGACACUGGAUGUUUGCUUGACCUGGACGCGAGCAAUUCCAACUCAGUGGCUCCAUCCAAUCCCACAUCCACGGCCAGCUCUGAUCUGUGGGGAGACUUUGACUCUGUAUCUCAGAACUGAGGAUAUAUUCAGUCUGUUCUUCUCCCUCUUUCCUCUCUGUAAAAGUAUGCAGCACUUUUUGCGAAUUUAUGUUCCCCGUUCUCGGGGUCCCGUAUCUCUCCCUGCCGAGCAGGGUAACCCCUUCUCGUUUUGUUUGGGUUUCAGCCCCUCAGAGCACAGUCUUAAAUCCGACACAUUUAAAAUUACAGGCCAUUUAUAUAUAUUUUUUUCAUUCCUUCUUUGUUUGAUUUAACAAUGGUUUAAUUGCUGCUGUAGAAUAAACGUAACGGAUAAAAAGGGAGACAUAAUCACCUCAUCAACAUCAAAUGAUGAAAGCUAAUGAAAUAUAUAAAUGAAUUAAUUUAUGUACAGAGAUUAAUUAUUUUAAAUGUGUGCAUAUAUUGUGUCAGUGGUUUGUUAUUGUCAUUGGUGUUACCACCUUCAUGUACUAUGACUUGUUUUUCCCCAAGUCUCCAACAAUGAGACUGAUUUUAUGCACUGACUGACAGUCCAGUCUGUCAAUGUAGUUACAAAGUUAUACAGUAUGCAUUUAAAGAUCAAGUCUAGUAUUAGAUUAAGCUUGGUGUGAAAUCUCCCACAAAGUGAUUUUACUUGAACUAAUCCUGUCAGUUCUUGGUUUGUUUACAGAAUGGUUGUGCUCCUUAGCACUCUGUAGUCUGCACUUGUGGCUGUGCAGCUGUUUAACACAUAUUCCAGAGGUGACGAGUCCUGGAGUUAUGCAUAUUGUUUUGUACUGUGAAUCCGGGCACAUUAAAGUGGGAAUGUUGGGAGAGGUAGUGAGCAAAAAAAAAUAUAGGCAUCAAAUGCUUUUAUCUUCACCACUAGAUGAAAUGGAGAUGAUUUAGGCCGUGUUAUGUCAUCUCCACACAGCACAGCUGUUAAAGCUGUAGCUGGUGAGUCACUUGGGUCACAACCUCUCUCCUCUUUGAUGAAUAGGUUUAUCUUUCUGCACUUUUUUGUCACUGGAGGGAAAGCUUCACCCCCUUAAGUCUUUUCUGAGCAGGUGAUCAAUCUGUAGACCUCAACCAUAGCAUGUUGUAUGGAGUUUACCUGUGAGCUUCAAUUCCAUGUUGAGAUGUAUUAUUAUUAUUUCUGGAUUUGUGUUGCAGACAAAUGCAACGUGGAAGCAAAUGACUGUGUUUGAGGCAGUGUUUUGUCGUGAUAUUACGUUCCAAGAAGCUCGUUCCAGUUCCCUGAUGUCACAUGCAUAUGUGUCGUGGCUGAUGUGCAUUGUGUAGUGGUGUGAUGAUGGAUGUUGACUGGAGCACACAAAGAUCGUGGGAGUGUUUGUCAGUGUUCCUUUGUUUAUUGUCCAAAUUAUAUGCGGUUCUCCCAAAUUUGACUUGUUAUUUAAAGUGUAAAUGUGUAUGGAAAUGAACAUGCAAAGACAAUUAUAAAGAAAAGAUGUGAA